AUGGCGACAGCCAUCAUCAAAGACUCAGAAGACGUGUUGCGUGGUGUAAGGAUAUCAGAGGGUGACGAUGCAGAGUUGGAGACAGAGUUACCAUGUAGCCGUCUCGUAAUAACCUCCGGUGCAUGGUCUCCACGCGUAUUCAGCACCCUCUUCCCAUCCUCGAAAGCGCGCAUCCCCGUCUCCUCCUUAGCUGGCCACUCGCUGCUCGUUCGAAACCCACACCACAAACCCGAAGAGCUCGACAAGGAAGUCUGCCACGCAGUCUUCGCGACAGAUACACUCGGCUUCUCGCCAGAGUGGUUUGCGAGAUUGGGAGGAGAGCUGUAUCUGGCAGGCCUCAAUAGCACAAAUAUACCUCUGCCAGAGGUUGCAACAGACGUUCAGGCUAGUACGAAAGCCAUCGAGCAGUUGAAACAGUGUGCGAAGGCUAUGAUGGUGAAUGUGCCGGGCAAGGACAUGGAAAUUUUGAGGGAGGGUUUGUGUUUCCGUCCAGUCACAUCUAGCGGCCGACCUAUCGUAUCGCGGAUACCGGACGAAAAGCUGGGGGGUACCAGGACAAGGGAGGAAGGCAAUGGAGGUGUCUUUAUAGCGGCGGGCCAUGGUGCCUGGGGUAUAUCGCAUGCGCCUGGUACUGGACUUGUUCUGUCAGAGCUGAUAGAAGGGCGGGAAGCAAGCGCGAAUAUCGAAGCGUUGCAAUUACCAACGUAA